CUCGCAUUCAUACACCAUACACACAUAGACUCGUGUGCCUGUUCAAAGAAACUCCAAGUACCCGAUCGUAUACGGUAACAGUCGAGGAACGAGUCAUAAUCCCGAAUCUUGAACACUCUGCUCUACCUCUAUACAAACUACAAACAUCACAACACCUUUCCCUCCCUCUCGCAAUGUCUGACACCGAGAACAAAGCACCCGUCGAGGACGUCCAGAUGGACGCACCUGCCGCUCCUGAAGAGCAAGCUCCUGCCGCCGAGACCUCAGCCGAGGAGGUCAAGCCUGCCGAGGACGAGUCCAAGGCUGAUCAGGACGAAAACAAGAAGGAGGCCAACGGGGACGGAGCUGAAGCAGACAAAGAAGCACCUGUAGUGGACGAGGAGAAGGACGACAACGUUGCUGCAAACGACGAGGAUGUCGAGGCAGAGGCCAACGAGGACAAUGAGAAGCCCGUCUCGAGCAAAAAGCCCAAGUCGUCGAAGAACAACGGCUCGGCCGCCCCGGCUUCUUCGCGACGCAAGAGCGCUGGUGGGAGCAAGGCCGCUGUCGAGGGGAACCAUUCGUUCAAGAGUGGGGACAUUGUCUUGACCAGGCUGAAGGGGUACCCGCCUUGGCCUUCGAUCAUCGUCGAGGGCGAUGAGAUUCCUGCCAAAGUCCAGCGUGCCAAGCCUUCGGGCACCCGACAGAUCGCUUCCAUGUUCUUCCCCACUGGAGACUACGCAUGGUCCCUACCCAAGGAAUUGACCCCCCUCAAAAAGCACGAGAUCACCGCCUACCUGCAAGCUCCUUCCAAGAAGAAGAAGGGUGACCUCUUCGCAGCCUACGAGAUUGCCGAGGACCCGAAGGAAUGGCUGGAAACCCGAGCUUCUGGUGCUGGUGGAGAGGACGAGGAUAUGGAAGUCGAAGACGAGGACGAACUGGCCGAGGAGGUCGACGAGGAGCCAGAGGAGAGCGCGGGCAAGAAGAGGAAGAGGGGUGGAGAGAAGAAGGCUUCGGGCGCGGCGGAUAACAAGGCCAAAAAGGCAAAGCUCGAAAAGCUCGCCAAGUCGAAAAAGAGCAAAGACACGGUCGAGGACGAGGACGAAGCUGAAGCUGUCGAAGAGCCCGUCUCCAAAAAGUCUGCGAAGCCCAAGGCGUCCAAGAAGAAGGCCGAAGAGCCCAAGGAAGCCGAGGCCGCCGAGGAUGGCGAGGAGUCGGAUCCGUUCGCAAACGACCCAGAGGCCAAGAAGGUCAAGGACUGGCGACACAGGCUGCAACGUGGAUUCCUGGGCAAGAGUAUGCCUGCUACCGAGGAGAUGGAGGGUUAUAACGACUUGUUUACUGCGAUCGAGGAUUAUGGGGGUAUGACCGUGGACUACCUGGCAUAUUCCAAGAUCGGCAAGGUCAUGAAGAAGAUCGCCGCCCUCAACGCCAUCCCCGAGGACGGACAGUACAAGUUUACCGACCGAGCCACGACCAUGAUGUCCAAGUGGCAGACUCAGGUCGAGCAGAACCAGGCUGCUUAGACGCGCCCCAUAGCAAAUCCUGUCGUUUCCGCUCACACGGGUCGAGAGCGACAUCAGUAUACGACGCACCGAUCGUCGUCCCCUUGGAGAUCUCGUUUUCUUCUAGGGGCAUUCCUUCUUCUCACCAACCGCGAGAAAGGCCUGAAUCCAGUCUUCUCGCCAUUUCAUCGCGCCUCUUACUCUUUUCGAUUUGUACAGUCUUCGGCUAUGCGCACGUUAUCAUAUAAGUUCUGUCCAGGGUUAC